GUCACUCACCCCGCCCGGUACCUGCUGAAUGGUGCUACUACUGGUUACACAAGACCUCUUGCUUCAGGCUGUUCCAUAAUGGUAGAGAGGGAGAAACUCAAGGUGGUGGUGGUCCUGGUGGUGAUGGGGCCAUGGACGGCCUCCCUGACCAUGGCAGGAGAGCCUUCCGUCCAGUUCAUCGAAAGUUCCUACCUGGGGAACUUUAUGGUAGCGAAGGGGAAGACACUUACUAUGGACGGCAGUUAUUCUACUCUCUCACUGGCGGCUGAAAAAGCGUGUUCGUGUCGCAUCGCUUGUUCGUCGUACAAGCUGUGUGUGGCGGCUUCGACGGUGCCAGAUAUUGAUGAUGCCACGAAAGUCAACUGCCACCUGUCAGACAAAGGACCAACCGACUCCAUCCUCACUGAUGACCCGCUUGCCACCUAUUACUUCUGGCAAGCGUCAGUGCCGAGCCAGAUGUACGAGGUGAGGGAGGACAAUUUGCUUUACAUGAUGUCACAAGAAGCCUCAAACUUCAACACUUCCAAGGAACUGUGCGAGAAGAUCCCUGGACACCGCCUGGUCAUGCCCAAAUUGGCACAGCAGUUCCUCACCGUCAAGGCAAUUUAUGAAGAAAAAGGUACACAGUUGUGGAUCGACCUACACAGGAAAGACACUCCUAUGACUCCUGACCAUUGGGGAGAUGGCACCCCUUACAAUAGCACUUCCACUUCAGAAAUAGCGGUGACGGCCAAUGAUGAGACGGUCGCUUCUUCCUACAGGAUGUCGACAGGAGGAGUGUUAUUUGACAGGACCUACGACGUCUCCUACCACACACUGUGCCAGGCUAACAUAUAUGGGGUGGAAUGGUAGUAGGUGCAAGACGUGGCUUGUUCUGGUGGUGGACUAGUCUCUGGUUUGUUCCUUGGAGGAAAGUUUGGUGAUAGAUAGAUCAUUAUUUGGAAAAUCAGCAUACAAGACAGGGGCUAAUACAGGUAAGCAGUGCAGGUAUACAAACAAUAGUAAACAAUACAGGUAUACAAACUUUAUAGUAAACAUUGCAGGUAUAUAAACAAUAGUAAACAGUGCAGGUAUAAAAACAAUAGCAAUCAGUACAGGUAUGUAAACAGUGCAGGUAUACAAACAACAAUAAGCAGUGCAGGUAUAUAAACAAUAGUUAACGCUGCAGGUAUAUAUACAAUAGUAAUCAGUGCAGGUAUAUAAACAAUAGCAAUCAGUACAGGUAUGUAAACAGUGCAGGUAUACAAACAACAGAAAGCAGUGCAGGUAUAGUGUGACCGACAUCCACACAGAAACUGUGGGCGCUGCAGACAAGACGUGUGUUACAACCCCACGGCCUUGCCGGCGGUACACAGGAUGCCAAAUCACCGAACAUUGCUCGUUUAAGUACCUGUAAAAAAGAAAGU